AUGCCUCGCCCAAGAAACACCGUUGCCUCUACCAGAGCCAACCGAAACGAAACGAACAAUGAUGAUACCAACCGAAAUGAAGCGAAUACCAAUACUGAACGAGAGAACCGACAGAACCCCAUCCUUAUUGAUGGAGAUGAGAAUGAAGAACAACGCAUGAUGACCUUGGAGGAGUUCUUGCAAUAUGCCUCUGAGGAGCCAGAAUGGUUGUAUGAGAAGCUCCAAGCAACUCAUCAACGAUAUGAUGACAGUCUUGAUGACCAUAAGGUCCGGCUUGCUGAAGAAGAGCUCCGAGGACAAACCAAGGAUGGAGAAAUUGCGCUUCUGCGCCGUGAAACAGAAGAGAUGAAGGGACAACUCCAAGAUAUCAAGAAGCAACUUACUGAUGUGACUGCUGAACGUGACGCAUUUGGGAGCCAAAUUGCCCGACUGGUGAUGGACAGUGCCAGUGGCCGUCGAGCCUCUCCAAUGCCCAUCAACAGCAAAUCCACCAAGAUCCCAGAUCCCCCAAUGCUUACUGAUGGAAAGGAGCCCCGAUUUGAAGACUGGCUGCUCCUGAUGUCUCAGAAGCUUACUGCUAAUGCAGACCACUUUGACACUUCCCAACUUCGUAUAGCAUACGUGGCUAGUCGAUGUGAUGGUAAAGCUCGGAAACACAUCACUCCACGCAUGCGAGAUGAUGCAAUAAACCCAUACACCGACUCAAAGGAUAUGCUCAAUCACCUGAAAACCAUCUAUGAUGAUCCGAACCGUGUUACCACUGCAAAGCACCAAUUUCGACAGUUAUACAUGAAGAACAGCGACAAGUUUCAUGACUUUUUCUCUGAGUUCCUUUACCUCGCAGCUGAAGCGGGCGUCGCUGAAGACGACUGGAAGGAUGAGCUUUACACCAAAUUGACGACCAAGCUCCAGGAGUUGUGCAUCUCCAGUAGCAUUGGUGAUGGAACAUUCCAGGAAUUCUCUAGCGCUGUCUCCCAGACUGCAAGCCGACUUGAAGUUAUCAACCACCAGGCUCAGAAGAAUCGAACGUUCACUCCCAACAAGGAUAUGAGCAAGGGAACUAGUCGAACUGGGACCACCUUCAAGAAAGAACCGACCCCAUCUCAGAGCACCAAUUCUACCACCCCACGUAUGGGUAAUGCUGAGCGUGAUCAAUUGAUGAAGGAAGGCCGUUGCUUCCAUUGCCAAGAACAUGGGCAUCUUGCUCGCGACUGUUCCACCAAAACCCCAACCCCUGAACUGAAGGAACUUGAGCAGAAAGCACCUGAGAAUGAACAGAAUGAUGAUGCGGGAAAAGUCUAG